AUCACCUAGGAACUAGCUCUAAGAGAUUCCAAAUAGAACACUACUGUUAGAUAUGUGUAAAUGGUGAACUUAAAUGGUGUUAUUUUAAAGGAACGCGAAGAAGUGCCGUUAAGAACACGAAAUAAAGGAACGCCACUUGAGGAGUUAAAUAACAGAGGGGGUGAAGAAGUUAAACCAGAGGAGUGAAGGAAUGUUGAAGACUAAUAUAGGGGGAAGUAGACGUUAAAGGAUAUGAAGGGUGAGGGGAGACUCUGGAGGAGAAGGAUGAAGUUGAAGGAGUACUGGAGGAUCGUCCUAUACUUGACACCCCAGAACCAGCAGCAGCACCAGCAGGAGCACCAGCAGGAGCACCAGCAGCAGACUAAGAGCAUCAGCACCACUAAACGUGUGGAAGAGGAGGUGGAGAUGCGGGUGUCGGAGGAUGAAGGAGUGGUGGAGGCUGAGGAUGCUACCAUCCCUGCCCCACACUUACGCCCACCUAUGUUCAACCCUGAGGACUACGCCCACGCCCUCGCUAAGUACGCCCGCAUGGCCCACCUCUAUAUCCCCGAGCUGCCCAAGGAGAAGAAGGGCCGCGGUCGUGAGAGAGAGAAGAACAUAGCGAGGGAAGCGCCGCCAGAGAUGUCCCUCAGACAGUUCAGUUCCUUGCCGGAGUUACUCAAGAGGCUGAGAGAGGACCUCAAGAUGUCCUACCUCAGCUUCGUGAAGGAAUUCGUGAGGGAUCCUCACGAUGGAGUGACCUUGCUUCUGGACGUGCUCAAGAUGGUCCAGCUGGCCCAGACUGACCUUAAUGGAUCAGCUAACAGCCGGGAACAGCAGCUGGCGCUGCGCCGAGCUCUCAUCGAUGAAAACGAGUGUCUCUCCUGCCUGAGGUUCAGCAUGCGCUCCACCGACGCCACUUUCAAGCUGGCCCACUACCCGCAUGGUCUCUACGCUCUUGCCGUUGCCACAAUGAGCAGUCUGGCACGGAGCCGCACCCUGGCCCUCCAGUUGCUGACACGGGCUUGUGUGACAUCAACAGUGGGCCACCGUCAGGUAGUGGAUGCCCUUGCAACUCUCCGUCUCCGCUUUGCCGAACCUGUCAAGUGCAAGUUCCUGGUCUCCAUGAUGCUCUCCCACCCCCACCCCAGCUUCCAAUUGUGGGGGCUGAGGUUCGUGAAUGCUCUGGUGGCCUCGACGGGCAGUGUGAGGGAGAGGAUCUACUUGCAGGAGGAGCUGGCUGAGGCUGGUUUCGAUCCUGCUGCCCUCAGGAAGAUCAUUGAACGCAGUGGCUCGGAGCACCUCCAGCAGCAGGCCGUAGAGGAGUUGAGUCGCUGGAAUGCUGCCUACCUUGACGUGAGCGGCCUGGAGAAUGAGGUGCAGGGCCUACGCACCUCCAACAGCACCUUACAGGAGGAACUUAAAAAGCUCAGGGAUGCCAACAUGAAACUCCUCGAAGAAAACGUUCUCCUGAAGACUGUUGGUGGAGAUGUGGAAGAGCGGUACGAAGCCCUUAGACGGCGUCUGGAACAGAAUGGUCUUCCAGUUGCUCCUUCCCCUGUCCCUUCCAUCAGCGACUCUGACCUCUCCUCCAUCAACACUCUGAGGCACACCACGGUGAGUCGUAACUCCAUCUCGCCCUCCAGGAAUGGCGAUGCAAGGAGUGCCAUCACUGAGACAGAUUCUGUUAUAUUUACUCAAGGAGGAGAGAGGUCUGUCACACCUGUGUGGAACAGUAUUCCUCAGAACUCUGCUGAACCUGUCAGCAGAAAGACUUCUAUUUCUUCCACCGACACUGUCGCCCCUUCGCGCCCCUUAUCUGCCUCUAGUUCCAAUCUUCUCCAGUGUGUCAGUAGGGCGAGACAUCAAUCUGCCUCAUCAUCUCCUGAACCAAGGUUGAUCUCUCCAUUAAGGAGCUCUGCAGCAUCACCAGUUAGGAACGGGGAAGCAAGAGAUGAUGUUAAGAGGGAGGAUGACACACCAGUCAGAACCUCACCAACACAAGAGCCUAAGAGAAAGCGAAUCAUCUCGGGGGAAAGAUUUAACGAACAUAUGCCCACAACACUCAUUGAUAUGUCAUACUGUGGUGAGAAGCCUCUAUCUCCUGAUGCAGCACUGCAGUGUGACAGGAAUAAGUCACCGUUUGCUGUCAAACAGAUAUCUCAAGACCUUAAAAAGCUAAAUAGAUCAAACAGUCGACAACGCCAGCAGGUUUCUGAUGAGCCACCACUGAUGAAUGGCUCCUCGAACAGAUUCUGAGAAGAGAGGAGCAGCUUGACUAGUCCAGUGCAGAGUGAUGGUCGGCCAGGGAGCAACACCUCCACAGCCUCUCAGAUGGCCUCGACCAGCUCAGCAUCACCAACUGAUGUAAAAAGGAAGGCUCCAAAGCCUCCUUCUGGCCCAACUAGUCCCUUGUCAUCCUCAACCUCUUCUCUCUCAUCUUCAUCCUCCAUCUCCUCCAAUGUAGGAGGGGAGCGGAAGGAUCCCGAGUACAUGAAUGUACCCCGGCGGGAGUCGCCCCAAAAUAAGACUCGUAGUAUAUCACCUGCCAGUAAAGCCAGGAGUGGGAGCGAUGAAGGUGAUCUCGACUAUGAACGUGACAUGAUAGUGUACGAGGCCAUCACUCUUGCCAACGACAGGAUUUUCAUUGACAAGAACAAUACCCAAGGCUCCCGUGACUCUGAUAAGAGUCUGAGCUCAACGGAGACAAAGGGCAGCCUGGAGGCUGAAGACAACCAAGGAGGCUACCCAGAUGGCCCUUGUGUUCAAAAGUCAGUGCAUCACUACGAGAAUCUGGUGAUGAUGUCUGAUCACUUUGAGAUGGCACCCGAGAAAGGAAACGAGAACGGUGAAAGGCAAGAGAAGGAAGAACAAAUUGAUAGGAAUCAGGAACUUAAAACAGAAAAACUAGAUGAUGUAACUGAAAAAGAAGUAGAAGCUGUGAUGUCAGGCCUUGAGAAUGUGUUAAGAAGUGCCGAGUCUUCGCUGAGCUUGGUGUCACAAGAGACAGUCAAGGAAAAUCCACUCCUAAAGGGAAACUUCGAAGAUCGGGCAAGCCCGGAAAAUAUUACUAACGAAGAACUUGAAAUUGUACCAAAUAGAAUUCCACAGCUGCCAGCAAGAUCUCGGUCUCGCAAUUCACAGACUGGAAGUGGCCAACGAGAUCCAGUUUUAUUUCUGGAGAUUGAAUCUCCAGCAGAAACUAGUGAUACUGACACACUGCUUCAUAGCAGCCAACCACCACCUAGUCCACACACCAUAGAGACAGAAUCCACCAAGUCUUUUGGCUUCGUGCGUCCAGAGAGAACGCUUCGGCGUCACGAGACCUUCAUUGACCGUAGCAACAAUGAGCGUGAAUCUCGGGAGGAGCGCCGACGGGGUAUCAAACGCAGUGAGAGUUUCCAGGCCAGCAAUAGGACAGAGUACAACAGCCAUCGAUCAUAUUCCCCAAGACGGCGAGACGUUACAGAUCUUCUGGUGCCUUUAGAGGAAAAAGAGGUUCACAUAAGUGGUCGGAUGUUCACAAAAUACACCCCACAUGAAGUUGAGCGUCGCAAUCGUGUCAAUGAACUUAUCACUGCUGAGAUGAAUCGGCGCAAGAACCGCAGUGUGGAAGACCGCCUUGAUCAGUGGUUCGAGAGUCAGGGUGCGGACGGUGAGUGGACACUCAAAUGGAAAUACCCGGAUAUCCAUUAUGAAGAUGGGAAACCUUGCCGUAAGAAAAGCAGUCGUAGGCAUGAGAGUCAGUCGCCAACUCGUUAUGAGGACAACAGAAAAUCUUCUAGAUCGAAGGAAAACAGAUCAUCGUCAAAGCACCAGGAUAAAGCUCCACUUUUGAAAUACCCCGCUGACAUCCCUGGUCUCCCACCUAAACCAUCUCGUGUUGGAAAACAACUUAAAUUCUCCAACUCUGAAAUCUGUGCCUUCAGUGGGUUUAAGAACCCCAAUGGCUUCCGGGAGAGUGAUUAUGGACCAAACUUCAUGCUCAACAAGCCACCCGCCCGCCUGCCAGCUAGCGACUAUGGUGGACGAGACUACCCACCUCCUCCUCGUGGACGGAGCUUAAGGGAGAAAGUGAUGGGAGGGCGCCGGAAAGGAGAAAUAGAUCCAGACAUUCCGACGCCAGAUUACUCAGCCACGCCAGCCAGCACUAUGUCCACAGUGAUCAAUGGCUCGCCUUCGAAACACAUCCUAGACAUGCCGUCAGGACUUUACUGAGUUCCAGUCUGAAAAAUUACCUCUUCUUCGUGGACAGAUCAUUCAGAGAAUCUGCAAAUUAGUGUACAUAAAAAACAAUAAGAUUUUCACAGUUUUCAGUUCUAAAAAUACUAUGAUUAUUUCAAGUGAAUUUCCACACUGGUAAGAUAAAUGUGAAAGUGAAUAUAUCAGAAAUAUGCAGAAUAUCUGCGGUUAAUUAAACUUACGCAGAGAGGUUGAGAAAUGUGUAAGUGUACAUACAAUGAACAUCCCACUCGGGUUACCUGCAAUAUAUUUGGUCACAUAAGCAAGUGAAAAAACUCAUUUGUGUGCAAUAUUUGAGAAAUUUAUGUAUAUAUGUUUGAAAAGAAUAUUAGUGAAAACAGAAAAUAAAACCCAAGUGCUUUGAUGUGCUUACAUACGUUAGAACUCAGGUUCUAUUUCCCGUUCUCAAAGUGGUAUUUUCUCAUGUCUGCAAUCACGCAUUGCAUUGUGAUUUCUUCCUGUAUAUAUGUAAAAAGAAAAGUGUGCAUUACCAUUUUUCAUUUAAACUGAGUUUAUAAUUGUGACAUUGAAGAACAGACUAACCAUACCACAGGCGGGGAUAGAACCCGCGAUCAGAGUGUCUCAAAACUCAAAACAGACUGUUGUGAUGUACAUUUCUUUUGUUCAUAGAUUUUUCCCGAUAUUGCCGACAUUGGUUUUAUAAUCCCCCCCCCCCCCAUGUUCAUUUUUAUCCAAUUUCAAUGCAGUUGGAUAUUUGAUGGUUCAUUGUAAUUUUCUCCCCUCCCCCCCCCAAAAAAAAAAGAUGAAUAUUUAAGACAGCUGCUCAAAAAGAUUGUCUUGUUUAAGGAAGAUAAUAUAAACAUGCUACUGUAUACUGAAAGCAAGACGAAUUUUGAAGUGGUCUUUUUUUUUUAAUUUAUACAGGGGAAGGGGCUCAAAAUUGCUCCUCAGUCCUCAAAAUUUAAGAAUGCAAUCAGCAAAAAAAGUUUCUGGAGGAAAUGCAAUAAAUUAAUUUGUUAAACCUGUGAUAUGAUCUAGGAAGACUCUGAGAUGGAAAUUAUAAAUCGCGGGGAGGCACCAAAUUCAUAGGGGUCAUGCAGCUCCUGGGGAGGGGAGGAGUGUGCCAGUUCCUGGGAUCAAAAACCCUUUGCCAACGUAUGGAAAUGUUGCAUCAUAGUCAGUGUGUUGAAAUAUAUAUACUUCCUUUCUUGUACAAUAUAAUGGGGAAUAAAAUAUUAAUGUUAAUUUGCCCAAACUGAAAAUUAUGAUUAUUCCUAUUUGCGAGGGGAUACUGUUCCUAUUAUAAUUUUAACCUUAUUAAUGAGCAAGUGUAAUUUUUGGGGACUUAAAAUUGGUAAGAAUA